GAUGUAGCCGCGUGUCGCCGAGUACGAACAUAGUUCCUGGUUUGAGAGAGAGAGAGAGAGAUGCUAGGGUUCCCAGCUAUGAUGGCCCAGUUCCCAUCUUCAACGUUGAUGCCAUCGUCGAUUCUGCUGCCAUGGCGAUGGCCUCAACCUACCGAUGACGAGCUUCUCCUCAGCCUCGAUGAGUGCAAUCUCGAAGAUAAGUGGAAUGAAAUAAAAAGGAUGAAUAACAACUUGGUUGUGAUUGGGAAAACAACUAUUGACAAUGACAAAGAAGACUUCGAUGCUGAUGCUGAUGACGAUGAUGCUGACAAUGUGGAGGAGUCUGAGGGAGAUGAGUUUGAGCAGGAAGCUGGUUGAUUUGCCUCCAAACUUCAAAACUUUAGUAGCUUUGAUUCGUGAACUUUUGUUUUUGAUGCAUUGAUACUCUGGGCCAGGUCCAUGGCUUCGAUGUCCUUUUCAUCUGACAGCCAAAAAAUCUCUUGCAUUUGCUUUCACAAUUGUUCCAGUGCAUCAGUAGGCAAGGACAAUGAGAAUGAUAAAGAUAAAUCUAAAGCUGAAAGACAUGGAUUUAGUAGAGAAAGGAUGAUAAGAUAAAAAUCUUUUUCAAGCUCAAGUAGCCAAGCUUGGAACCAAACUGAUGAAUGCAAGUGUGGUCAGAUCCAUGGAAGUUAGGUUGAGGAAUUUUA